ACUCCGAAAGCAAUGGCUCGACGAUCAUAACAACACUCUCAUACGCACACACGUGUACACAUAUAACAACAACAGCGGCUAUGGUAGUAGCAGCCACCACCACCACAACAACAUCAUUUAUUAUUGUAAAGCCAUAAGCCAUUUAACAUCUACCGCUACUUGUGUUAUACGUUGCCGCUCACUAUAAAACUUUGUUCCACAGAAAAAAACCGAAUGGAGAAUUUUAACACAAGCAUAAGAGAGUGAUUUCGAUUCGAAUGUUAUAUUGCCAACGAAAUUUCAUAUUCUGAUCAUUCGCUGCAGACGUUUCGUGACUAUUAUAUUGGACGAACGUAAACGAAGAGCAAUCUCUUUUCCGAAAACCGACAAAAAAAGCUAAACCACUUAAGAAGUUUUAAAAAAAAUAAACAAAACUAGCCCAACAUCCACUCUUGAGUGUUUUCAUAGUGAAAUCGAGUUUUUGUUGUGUUUAUGACAGAAGUUUUCCGUUCGUUUGAAUUUUUUUAAACUGAAAAAGAUUUUUUUUUUCUUGUUUAAAAGUCAGUUUUAACUGUUUUUUUUUUCAAUUUGUGAGUUUUGUGGAAAUUUAAUAGAUAAAAGAAAACAAAGUAGUAAAUAGAAGAGGAAGAGAGAGAGAGAGAGAGAGAGAGAGAGAACAGAAACCAAACACGCCGAAAAGAAAUAAGAUUAAAAACAAGACAAAAACACACAUACAUAAACACACCAUCUGAAUACCAAAACCCGCUGAGCGAGAUAUCAACAGAUUAUGAUGGAAAAAGAGCAACACGAUUCAAUGGCAACUGUACAAAUGACCAAGGCCGAUUACGCUGCCAGUGAAGUGUACAGUACAACCAGCGAACCGCCACCGGCGUAUAGACGGGAAACAAGUUCAGUGCGAAUUGCAAAAAUCAUUGGAUUGACGGUCGUUGUGUCGUCAUUUAUUUUGGGCUCAUUCAUUUUAGCCUCAUCAUAUUUACAAGCGCGUGCAUCAUGCGAUCAAAUGCAGACACUCGACUCGAUAUUAGAAAAGGAGCUCAUGCUUGAAACACUACAAGAGUUGCCAAAGGCCGAGGCAUUGUUGUCGGGUCGUGACUUAGCAUCGGACAAUGACAUGCAAUCAUUGGACAACAUCAAGAAAGACACGGAAAAUGUUAAGCAAAAGACGAAAGCUGCCGCUAGCGGCAGCGACUCCGACUCAUCGUCAUCAGACAAUUCAUUUUCGGAAAGUGAUGAAGCCGAAGAAUUGAAUCGUGUCCAAAUCAAAAUGCCAUUGGAAUUAAGCCUCAGCGAUUUGGCCAACGCAAUUCUCCAACAAAAUCAAAAAUCACGCAUGAACUGUGUUAUUGAGCGCCGUCGUGCCGAAGAAUUGCUUGAUAACGCACCAAAAAUGACGCCAUUCGGAUUCAACUUCAACAGUGAGCCAAAGAAACGUGUUACCGGUGAACGAAUGGCCAUUUUCUGUGAAAGCGGCAAUGCAAUCAAAGAUGAUAACGACGAUGAUGAUUCAGCUGAACCACGUGAAGUUCCAGUGCAACGACUACCAAUCCCAUUCGGUGCUAUCCCACAACAAUACCCACUCACUCAUAUGCCACAACAGCAAAUGAUGAUGCCAGCUCAACAUAUGAUGCCACCACAACAGCCACAAAUGCAACAACAACAACCACAAAUGCAACAAUUACCACCACAAAUUCCAUUCGUUAUUCGCCAAAUCGUCGCUCUUCAGCAACAGCAAGCCCAACAACAAGCCCAGCAACAAGCUCAUCAACAAGCUCAACAGGUGCCACUUGGUCCAGGUCCAAUCAUGAUCCGUCCAGCAAUGGUGCAUCAAUUUCCAAUUCCAGACCAACCACAACACAAUCAACCACAACAACCAGUCAAUGGCGAAAUCCGCAUUCAUUUGCAACGCAUCCCAUUGCAACGUGAUGAAGAGACAGUUCAAGUACGUGAAAUCCCAAUUGAAGUACUUCAAGCCCGUCCAAAUGUGAUCCGUCCAAUCCAAGCCAUUCGCUUGCAAUCGGUACCACAAGAACGUGAACCACAAUCCAAUUUCCCACCACGUGAAGCCGCUUUGUUGCGUGAAUCAUUCGGUUUGACCAACGAGGAUUUGAUGAACAUUCAACGUUUGGCCCAAGAGCGUAUCGAACAAGAAUUGCGAUCACUUGCCCAAGACGCCCAAGAAGACCUCAGCAACGACUCAAACAGCUCGGAAAAUGACGAUGAUGACAGCUCAGACGAGAGUGCAAUGAACAACAUGCCCACAAACAACCAACAACAACCGGAACAACCAAAAACAGACGAACCCAAACAAAUGGAUGCUCAAACUCAAUCAAAUGAAGACGAUAAGAGCGAGGCAUCAAAACCAAAUCAAAUGAAUGAAGACGAUUCCGAUGAUAUUGAUUCUCAAAAUGACAAAGACACAGAUUCACGAAUCUUGCAAGUUGGACGUACCGCCUAUGGACGCAGCCUCAUUACACCAGUAAACAUUCCCGUUGAUAUGAUGCAAAAGGAAGUCGCCGAAGCCCCAAUGAACGAAGAUCGACCACACUUCGUUCAGCCACGUUCCAUUCGUGAAUAAGAUGUGUGCUUGCAAUGUGCGAUGCAACACACUGCUAGUCAAGUAACUACGUACUAGCUGACAGAAUAAAAAAAAAUCAGAAGAAAAAGAGCGACAAAAAUAAUCGAUAAUUCCACAAACACACACUUUUACACAUAAAGAAAAAAAAAUAUUUUGUAAUUAAUUAAAAAUGAGAAAAAAAAAUUAUUAUGAAAUCGGAUAAACAAAUAUGGUGAUGAAGAAAACAGAAAACAACCACUUGCAACUAUUUAAAACUAUUCGAAUGAAGAAAAACUAACGACGGAUGCAUUCUUUGAUACACACGGACACACACACACACACCAGUUGAUAUGAUAUGUAUGAAAUACGGCCACCACUUAUCACUUCACCUAAACGUUUUGGAAAUUUGUGUUUGAGACAAAACAAAACAAGAAAAUAAAAACGAUAUCAGGCCAUAAUGAAAAUUUCAAACAUAGCCAAUUGAAACGCAACGGAAAAAUCAGAGUGAGAAUGGGAUUGAGAGAGAGAUUGAACUAUGCCAAACAAAGAAAAACACACACCGAAAUGCAAAUGGAAUUAAAGUAAGAGACAAGAGAUAUAAACAAAACAAAACAAAAAAAACGAAGGAAUAUAUAUCUAUCUACAAAAUUGAUAUAAGUGAUGAAAUUUCAAGCGACAAAUUGACUUUUUGAAACGUCAACCGCACCGAUCUCCGCCAAUUUUUUCACAUAUUUACGUACGAUGUUCCAUAAAAACGGAAAACAUUAUAUAUAAAUGCGAUACUCUCAUAUCUUGCACACCCGUUUCUCGAAUUGUUUAUAUUAGUUUGGCAUAGACAUUGUAAACGAGAAAACGAAACAACAACACAAAGAACUAACCGCAAAAAUGGAUGGUAUGUCUCCUCUGAUCCGCGUUUCAUUUGCGUUUUUUCUUCUUCUCCUUCUUCUUUUUCUUCUUUUUUUCCUGCGUUUUCUUCUAAUUCUUUUUGAUCUGAUUCUGUAUCAAACUUUCUUUUCAUUUCAUGUUUUUUUUUCUCUCACACACUGCUUCCUUUUUUCCUCAAAAACAAAAUUGUGUUAAGCCGUUAUACGAAUGAUACUACCACUGGUAGAACAAACGAUUUGAUUUUUUUGUGAUUUGAUGAUAAACAAGUAGAUAGAGAAGAUAAUCCUAACUAAUUUGUUGACACACAAAAAAUAUUAAUUUUUUUUUCUAUUUUCUCUUCUUCUCCUUCUUUGAUUGUUUUUGGUUUGGAAAAUGUUUCCUUUUUGUCUUUAUGUAAUUUUAUUUCAUUACGUAUUUAAAAAAAAAUACUACAAAAUCAAACGUGUUUAAAAUAUGUAUCAUAGUUUUUUUCUGUUAAAAAGGAAGGAAUGAAAAUACAUUAUAAUUUUUUUAGUUUCCUAGCGAUUUUAUUUUUUUUUUCUUGGAUGAAAUAAAAAAAAUGACAACAAAAAA